AUGAUAAAUAGUGUCGUCACCGGCAGAAUGGCGAAAGCGAAAAUGACGAAAAAGGCUUUCAUUCAAGAAUCGGAGCGUCAAGAACGCGUCAAACUCGAAGGAAUCGAACGAAAAGCCCGGUCUGCUGAGCGCCGCCUCGAGCAAGAAGAAACAAUCGUUACCGUUCCGGGACCAAAGUUGCGUGAUUUUGGGGAGAUCGGCUGGACUUGGGAGAUGUGGUUUAAUUACUUCGAUUCCUUGAAUGUUGAUAGAUUGCUGUUAAUUGAAAGUUAUGCCAGGAUUUUGAAUGUGCCGCAUUUGAAGAGUCAUCAGUUGAAAAAAACUUUUCAGCCAGAACCGCGGAUAAUUCAAAUGAUCGCGAAAGAAAUGGGCAUCACGAUAAGAAUAAACAAUAUCGACCACGAGUACGAAAUCGAAAAGGAACUCCAAUUCAUUCAGGACAACGAUCUUUUCCCAGCUUCGCCAGAAACUAAUCCGAAAAAUCUAACUAAAAAGAUCCCUUGCGUCGCGAUUAUGGGUCACGUCGACCACGGAAAAACCACCCUUCUGGACCAUCUCCGUUCGUCAUUCAUAGCGGACGCGGAAGCUGGAGGAAUUACUCAACAUAUCGCUGCGUUCAGUGUCAAAGUUCUUGGAGAAAAAAUGACGUUUUUGGACACGCCCGGGCACGCUGCUUUUCGAGCGAUUCGAGAACGAGGCGCGUCAGUUGUUGACCGUGUUAUUGUCGUCGUUGCGGCUGAUGAUGGAGUCAUGCCACAGACCAUCCAGUCUGUCGAGUUUGCGAAGAAAUCCAACACGCCAAUCACCUUUGUCAUCACGAAGAUGGACAGAAAGGGAGCGGAUAUCGAGAGAGUCACGGCGCAAAUUCGCAACUAUUUCGACAGCGAGGAUGUUUUCCCAAUCUCUGCAAAGACAGGAGAAGGGGUUGAAGAAAUGCUCUUGUUUCUCCAAGAAAGUAUUGAAGAACAAAAUCUCAAGGCCGCGAAAACCGGCGAUGCAGAAGGAUUCAUUCUCGAAACACAAGCACCGAAGACUGGACUCGGUCUUGUCUCGACCGUUUUAAUCAAUCGUGGUGAACUGAAAUCGGGGCAACACGUGAUUGCUGGAACGCAUGUGGCGAAGAUUAGACAGUUGUUUGAUGAAAAGAUGAAGAAAGUAAAGAAACUUGGACCGGGGGAGUUUGGACUUGUUGUUGGAUUCAAAAGUCGGCCAGAUCCUGGUGCGUUUUUUCAAGCGACAAAGAAGACACUUGCCGAAAAAGCGAAGAAAUUCAGAGAAGCAGAAGCGAGAAAGCAGUUUGAGAUGCAAUACAACAUUGAAAACAACUCCUCAGAAAAUAUGGACUACGACAAAGAAAUCAUGCGACGAAAAAUCGAAAAAGGCUACUAUCGACUAACGACCGAGCAAAGAACCCACAUUGAUCUGAUGAUUCAAGCGAAAAAACUUGAAGCCCUGGAAAUUCAAAAAGAAAAGUCCUUCCAGUUUCUCGUGAAAGGCGAUGUUUCUGGCUCCGUUGAAGCUAUCAUAGAUGCAAUUGGAAAAUACGAGCCGGAAGAUGAUGAGCCCUUGAUGUCGAUUAUUAACUUUGAUGUUGGUCCCAUCUCGACUGCUGAUAUAAAAGAAGCUUUUUCAGGAAUGAUUUCAAUAGAAAAGUUAUUAAAUAGAUCUCUUUUAAAAUCGUCAUAA